AUUCUCAUCCUCACUGUGUAUGAGUUUUGAAAUGGAAGUAAUCACAGAUCCAUGUUUUGUUUAGAGCAAGAGGGAGGUAGAUGCUGGGGAAGAUCCACACAACAACUCAUUCCAAAUAACAAGGAAAUCAGAACACGUUACAAAUGCUUAUGAGGCUAAUAUUAGAGUCAGAGUCCUACUUAAUCUCCAACACCCUAUUACCUAUCCCUCUUCUUAAUUUCCUAAACUACAUUCCCAUCACACAUAUCACUUAUUGUUUGUAUUUUAGCUUCCAUGAACACUUUCUUCACCUCUCUUUCGGCACCACCUGUAAGUUUCCUCUCUCUUCUGCUUUACUAUUACUUUUAGCCCUUCUUCAUGCUUAUUAACUAUUCACUUUGAUCCUAAAUGCUAAUCAAGUUUCACUAUAUAUAUAAUCUACACACUUACAAUUUGCAAUUUGAUUAUCCAUGCACCUGCAAUGUAGAGAGUUUGCUUGGUAAGAUUAGAUCUAAUGAUUUAAUUGCGUAUCAUCAACCAGUAGACAAAUAUUUUAUCAUUAGCUGAUCUCCUAAAUCCAAGUUCUAAUGUUUUUAUGCAGUGAAAAUAAUUAUAAUAAUAAACGGAAAGAAAGCAUGACUUCUCAUCCUGCUCCUUAUUAUCAACCAAGAAAUCUCCUAAUAACUGGUGCAGCUGGUUUUAUAGCCUCUCAUGUGACUAACAGACUGAUCAAGAACUAUCCUGGAUACAAGAUUGUUGCUCUUGACAAGCUAGAUUACUGCUCUAACCUCAAGAACCUUGCUCCGUGUAGAUCAUCUCCAAACUUUAAAUUUGUAAAGGGUGAUAUUGCAAGUGCAGAUCUUGUAAACCACCUUUUGAUAGCUGAAGAUAUUGAUACCAUUAUGCACUUUGCUGCCCAAACCCAUGUUGAUAAUUCCUUUGGUAACUCCUUUGAAUUCACUACCAACAAUAUUUAUGGUACUCAUGUACUUCUUGAAGCCUGCAAGGUCACUAAGCGAAUCAGGAGGUUCAUUCAUGUCAGUACUGAUGAAGUUUAUGGUGAAACAGACAUGGAAACCGAUAUUGGCAACCCUGAGGCUUCACAGCUCCUGCCUACAAACCCUUACUCUGCUACAAAAGCUGGGGCUGAAAUGCUUGUCAUGGCUUAUAAUCGAUCAUACGGCCUUCCUACAAUUACAACUAGAGGCAAUAAUGUGUAUGGCCCUAACCAAUUCCCAGAAAAACUUAUUCCAAAAUUCAUUCUCCUUGCUAUGAAAGGCGAGCAGUUGCCGAUCCAUGGUAAUGGCUCAAAUGUGAGAAGCUAUCUACACUGUGAUGAUGUGGCAGAGGCAUUUGAUGUCAUACUUCAUAAAGGGGUCAUCGGCCAUGUGUAUAAUAUUGGUACCAAGAAGGAGAGACGAGUCCUAGAUGUAGCAGAGGACAUAUGCAAGCUGUUUGGAUUGGAUACUGAAAAAGCGAUAAAAUUCGUUCAAGAUAGACCUUUCAAUGAUCAGAGAUAUUUCUUGGAUGAUCAGAAGCUCAAGAAACUUGGGUGGCAAGAAACGACUCCUUGGACAGAAGGGCUAAAGAUGACAAUGGAUUGGUACAUCAAAAAUCCGCAAUGGUGGGGCGAUGUAUCUGCUGCUCUCCAUCCACAUCCUCGCAUCUCAUUAAUAGUUCACGCAAACGACGACGCAUGGUUGUUGGAGAAUGCACGUUUGAGUAAUGAGGACGAGAAUAAUAAAAGCUCAGAACUGAAGUUCUUAAUAUAUGGGAGGACUGGCUGGAUAGGGGGGUUGCUGGGGAAGCUUUGUGAUAAUCAGAGUAUUAAUUUUGAGUAUGGUACAGGAAGAUUACAAGAUAGAAGGUCAAUCAUGGAUGAUGUAAUGAGAGUAAGGCCAACUCAUGUGUUGAAUGCUGCUGGUGUUACAGGGAGGCCUAAUGUUGAUUGGUGUGAAUCACACAAGGUGGAAACUAUUAGGACAAAUGUGGUAGGCACACUAAAUUUAGCUGAUGUUUGCAAAGACAACAACCUAUUGAUGAUAAAUUUUGCAACCGGUUGCAUAUUCGAGUAUGAUAAGGAGCAUCCACAAGGCUCAGGCAUUGGAUUCAAGGAGGAAGACGAGCCAAAUUUUACAGGUUCCUUCUACUCCAAGACUAAGGCCAUGGUUGAAGAUCUGUUGAAAGAAUACGAGAAUGUAUGCACUUUGAGGGUUCGAAUGCCGAUUUCAUCCGAUCUUAGCAAUCCGAGAAACUUCAUCACAAAGAUCAGUCGUUACAGUAAGGUUGUGAACAUACCCAAUAGCAUGACGGUGUUGGAUGAGCUCUUGCCGAUCUCAAUAGAGAUGGCAAAGAGAAAUUGCAGAGGAAUAUGGAACUUCACGAAUCCAGGGGUGAUAAGCCAUAAUGAGAUAUUGGAACUGUACAAAAAAUACAUAGAGCCAGGAUUUAAAUGGGUGAACUUCAAUUUGGAGGAGCAAGCAAAGGUGAUAGUGGCAGCAAGGAGUAACAAUGAGCUUGAUGCUGCAAAGUUGAAGAAAGAGUUUCCAGAUAUGUUGUCUAUUAAAGAUUCCAUCAUUAAGUAUGUUUUCGAGCCCAACAAGAAGACAUAAUUUGCGGUUCUUGUAAUUUUUCUGGAGAUGGAAAAAGAAAAAACUGUAUUUACCAUUUUUUUAGAAUUAUUAAUUGUUCCAUUUAUGUAAUUUUUUAUUAGUUCACUGUUUUGCAUUUUAUUUGUCUGCAUGCAUC